AUGCCGGUCCCUCCCUGGGCCCUGCCGCUGGCGCUGGCCCUGGUGGCUGCCAUCGCCACGCCCGCGGCUGCUGCGGGCUGCCAGGCGCCGUACGAGGCGCUGCCCGGCGGCCUGGACUGGCAGGUGGCGCCGGGCGAAGUGCGGCAGUUCCCGGCGGGCCUCACCAUCGCCGCCGGCACGCGCGUCCUUCUGGAGGGCACGGCAAACGUGACCGGCGGCGUGACCAUCCGUGGCCACCUCUUCCUCUCCUCCGCCUCCUCCUCCACGCUGGCCGCGGACUGGGUGGUGGUGGAGGCCGGCGGCAGCCUGCAGGCGGGCUCAGAGGCGUGCCCGCUGCCUCCCACCGUCUCCGCCACCGUGCUGCUGCGCAACGGCGCCGUCCACCCGCAGGCCGGGCGCAAGGCGCUGGCUGGCGCCCUGCUGGAGCGCAACGUGGCGGUGGGUGUGGCGGGCCACGCUUUCUUCCUGGAGGACGGCGCCGAGACGGGCAACACCCUGCGCGGCAACCUGGGCCUGCUGGUGCGCCCCAAGACGGAGGGCGCCCGGCUCGGCUCCGACCGCGACGGCCCCAACGGAGACCUCUCCGUCUUUUGGAUCACCAACCCGAGCGCCAACACGGGAGACCCAGGCAUCGCCGACUCCUUGUACCAGCGCUGGGAUGCGGCGGCGGGGCGGUCGGCGGUACGCGUGCAGGACAUGUCUGGCAUCAUCACAGGCCUGAAGCUGUAUGACGGCCCCAUCGUGGUCACCGGCCUCACCGCCCGCGCCUGGCCCGCGGGCACCAGCCCGCUGGGCCUGCGCAGCAACAACGGGUUUCAGAUGGCGGCGGGCACCUCGGUGGCGGGGUUUGCCGCGCAGCGCUGCUCCUACCGCUUUGUCGUCCAGGACACCACGGGGGACGGCGGUCGCACCACCUCACUGCUGGAUGUGGAUGGCUCGCUGUCGGGCUACCGCGGCGCCACGCUGCUGCCGCAUUCUGCCGCCACCAGCCUGGGCUUUUACUCUAGCCCCGGCUGCGCCGCGCACCCAGCCUAUGGCCUGGCCUGCCCGCAGCGGUACAUGAACCUGGAGGUGGGCGGGUGGGACUGGAGCGCCGGAGGCGCGCCGCCGCGCCUGACGCUGGCACGCGCCAACCUGUCGCCGGGGCGCGUGGGCGCCGCGGGGCUGGCCGCGCAGCGCCUGCCCAGCCUGGGCGGCGGCGAGCUGGCUCCCAAGAACGGGCGGGGUGGGAGGUACUACAAUGCUAAGGCGGCGGUGACGGGGGGCUGCACCAACAACAAUGAGGGCUCGUGCACCUGGACCCAGCCCUUCACCAGCGCCCGCGUCCGCACCAAGCUGUCCCCCUUUGGCAGCUGGAAGUACGGGAGGGUGGAGGUGCGGGCGCGCAUGCCGCGCGGCGACUUCCUCUGGCCCGCCAUCUGGCUGCUGCCCACCGACAACGCCUACGGCACCUGGGCUGCCUCGGGCGAGAUCGACAUCCUCGAGUGCCGUGGCCAGGCGGGGCUGGCAGAUGUGGUGGAGGGCACGCUGCACUACGGCGGCCAGUGGCCCGCCAACACGUGGACGGGGUCGGGCCGCGUGCGGCCGUUCCCGGGCCUCGACUACUCCGCCACAUUCCACGACUUUGCCCUGGAGUGGACAUCCAACCUCACCACCGGCCGCCCCCUCCUCAUGCGCUGGCUGGUGGACGGCACCGAGUUCUACCGCCGGCGGCUGGACGUCAGCUUGAAGACGCACGACGCCUCGCCCUACACCCAGGACGGCCAGCCCUGGGACAAGCGCUUCCACCUCAUCCUCAACCUCGCGGUGGGGGGCGGCUUCUUCCCGGCGGGCGAAUUUGGAGAGUUUGGGCCAAGCCAGUGGGAUGCCGCGGCGGCAGGCUGGCAGAAGCCGCGGCUGGAGAUCGACCACCUCAAGGUCUGGGCCUGGCCGCCGCCCGGCUGA